ACUCAGUGGGUUUCUGUCUUGUUUCUGUGUGCAGUUGUGUCAGACCUGACGCUGCGAGUGUCCCAGAGUUCAGGUUACCUGCAGACGUUGGGGGCCCUCGGCUCUCCUUCGGCCCCGCUGCCCGUCCUCCUCUUCCCCCUGUGCUGCCGGGUGUGCGGCCUCACCCUGGAGGAGGCCGACCUGGAGGGGGACAAGGCCGAGGGGGAGGCGGAGGGCGACGGAGGACAGGUGUGUCGUCGAUGCUCGUUGGACGUGCUAUCCAAAGAAGACUCCGGGUCUCGAGGGUCGCGUCGGGGUCAGCGUGGCACCAAGCUGUACCGCUGUCCUCACUGCCCCUUCCUGUCCCACUACCCCAACCACCUCGCCCGCCACGCCCACACCCACUCUGAGGAGAAGCCCCACCGCUGCCCGCACUGCCCCUACACCUCCUCGCACCUUGACAACCUCAAACGCCACCUACGCGUGCACACUGGCGAGAAGCCCUACCAGUGCCCGUCGUGCAGCUACGCCUGCGGGAACCUCGCCAACCUGCGGCGGCACGAGCGCAUCCACUCGGGCGCCAAGCCGUUCCACUGCGGCGUCUGCGGCUACUCGUGCAACCAGAGCGUGAACCUGAAGAGGCACAUGCUGCGGCACACGGGCGAGAAGCCAUUCGCCUGCGCCGAGUGCGACUACACCACGGGCCACUGGGACAACUACAAACGCCACCAGAGGAAACACGGGCACAACACGGACAGCUGGGACAAACACGCGCCCAUCAACGGCCUCAGCUGGGGGAGAGACACUCAGGAGAGCCCGAGUCAGGGACAUGGUUAGAUACUGUGUGUGUGUGUGUGUGUGUGUGUGUGUGUGUGUGUGUGUGUGUCAUACACUGGUGAAGCUUCAGCUAAACUCAGGUGCCUUUGACAGACUGAACGACUUUAACGCUGCACUGACUUUAUAAGGGGCAUUUUUGUGUGUGUGUGUGUGUGUGUGUGUGU